AUGGAAAAUCGAGACAUGGAUAUGCCUCAAAGCCCUUCAUCUUGCAUCAAGACUCUUUCAAGAGAUUCAUCUGUGGGUCAAUCAUCAUGUAUCUAUUAUCGUAGUACCCUAAACGAAGGGGUGCCUUUCGAUUGGGAAAUGCAACCAGGAACACCAAAACAUCAACCACAAGAACAAAUUAUUCCACCACCAACACCACCACCCGCAAUGCAAAGCUUGGCAUUUUCUCGACCAAAUUUUGAUCUUUAUGAUGAGCCUAAAGAGUCAACAUCUUGGCGAUUUUGGUUUUGGAAAAAAAGAUCAAGCAGGAAUUUUCAAAGGCGUUAA